CACUAUGUGGCCCCCGCCAUGCUGGAUGGCGGCGGUGAUGUCACAGGAAAACCACCACCGACCAGGAUCUAUCACGACGAGCAGAAAACGCAAUCUGCAGCCGCGGGAUCAAUCAAUCUCCACAGCCAGCACAGCAAUUCGAAUCAUCAGACAGCAACAUGGCGCUCAGAAUGAGUGCCUUCAAGUCGGCCAUGGCCAUGGCCGCCCGGUCGGCCCGUGGAUUCCACACCACUCGCCCUGCCUUCGUCAAGGCCGGCGAGGCCGUGCCGAACCUUGAGGUGCUUGUCGAGAGCUCUCCCGGCAACAAGGUCAACCUCGCCUCCGAGUUCUCUCUCAAGGACGGCAUUGUCAUCGGCGUCCCUGCCGCCUUCUCGCCCGGCUGCUCCAGCAGCCACAUCCCCUCGUACAUGAACCACCCCAAGAUCAAGGACGCCGGCCAGGUCUUUGUGGUAUCUGUCAACGACGCGUUUGUGAUGAAGGCUUGGGCCCAGCAGAUGGACCCUGCCGGUCAGACCGGGUUCCGGUUCCUCGGCGACCCACAGGCGGCCUUCACCAAGGCGCUGGAGCUUGACUUUGACGGGACUGCCAUUUUCGGCGGCCCUCGGAGCAAACGCUAUGCUCUCGUUAUCAAGGAUGGCAAGGUCAAGUCGGCGCACGUUGAGCCCGACAGCACUGGAACCAACGUUUCCAUGGCAGACAAGGUUCUCGGUUAAAGGAGCAGGCGCCGGGCAAAGGUGCUGGAUGGCGCUUCCGUGUAGCUCAGGUAUCUGUUUUGAUAAUGCAGACCAGGCUGGAGGAUAGGGCGGCAGCUAUUUCUCAUAUGUACUUCCCCCAUGGUACUGCACGUGGAUACACUUCAAACUUCGUGUCUACCUGGGUCUCGGGUGGAUGUUUUAAUGCUGUGCCUAUCAAAUCCGGUAUGGCAUGCCAGUGUUUUGGCAAGCUACCUAUGAAUAAGAGAACGCAGUGAUAUCGAAGAGAAAUUUGUCUGAUCCAACCAAGGCAGCAAUCUGUGGCCAAGCCAGGAACAAC